GCACCUCCCGCGCGUGGGCGCCUCCGGGAGUCGUGCGGCCGCGCGUCCUGCCGCCCGCACGCUCCCAGGCGUCAGCGUGGAAGACUCGGGAGGCGGUGGGAGCGAACCGCGGGGGUGCAGCGUGUCUGGGUGGCGAGCGCUGCGCGGUGGCCCGACGGCCCGGGUGUGUGCACGGGAGUGUGUGCACACGUGCGCGUGGACCUCUGGGGUGCCUCGGCCUGGCGCGCACGCCCCUGGGGGGUCCGGGUGUGCCCGUGAGUCUGGGGAGCGUGCCGGUGGAGCGUGUGCGUGCGGCCCGCGCAGCCGGGCGGGCGGGAGCCGCAGGGAGGAGCGUGGGCGCGCGGGUCUUUGUGCCCGCGUGUGUGCGCGUGGGCGCCGCCGCCCGCUGUCCCGGGGGCUGACAGCUGUCCCGGAGGAGGCUGCCCGGGUUCGGCCCUUAUCGCUCCCGCCCUGUUCCUUCCCGGAACCGAGCACCCUCCCCCCGCCCCCCCCACCCCCCUCCGCCCUGCCUCUCCUCUGCGCGGCGACCGGGACCCGCCCCUGGGUUCCUCGAAAGCCCGGCGGGGCGCUGGGAGACCCUGGAGGCUACCCGUCCGGCCCAGCGGGUCGCCGCGGAGCGGGGAGAGGCGGGAGGGGGGAGAGAAGCGCGAAGAUGCUGCCGCAGCCGCAGCGGAGGAGCCGGGACCAGCCAUCCCCGUCCCCGCCCUGCGCGGUCCGGCCUCCCCAGCCUUCUCUUCGCGCGCCUCCGCGCCCCCUCAGCCUCCUGCGCUGAAGCCGCUGCCUCACGCCCCCUCCAGGCCCCCGGUGUUUUCUCGCUCGUCCAGCCUCUCGCUCAGGAGGCUCAGUCUCUUUCCCCCUUCCGCUCUCCUUCCUUUCCCUUCCCGGUGCCCUCUUCUCUUCCCAUGUCCUGGAGUCCCUGGACAGGGGCUGAGGGCCGGGCAAUGGAGGUAAGGGGGAGGACAGCGGUGGGGGGACUGGGUGUGCCCUGGUCCCAAGUGUCCCGGCAGAGGGAUGUGAAGAUAGGACACCUAUGGGCAGUAGGACUGGGGACUCCGAGGACCUUUGGGUGUGUGGGGGUUGGAAGAGGAGGGUGUGGGGGUGGCAGCCCAGUUUAUUGAUCCCGGCCUCCCUGGUUCUACCCACAGUGACCACAGCUCCCCAGGAGCCCCCUGCCCGGCCUCCCCAGGCGGGCAGUGGAGUCAACCGGGCCCCUGGGCGGGCCAUGCGCAGCACCACCCUACUGGCGUUGCUGGCCCUGGUCCUACUCUACUUGGUAUCCGGUGCCCUGGUGUUCCAGGCCCUGGAGCAGCCCCACGAGCAGCAGGCCCAGAGGGAGCUGGGGGAGGUCCGAGAGAAGUUCCUGAGGGCCCAUCCAUGUGUGAGCGACCAGGACCUGGGGCUCUUCAUCAAGGAGGUGGCUGAUGCCCUGGGAGGGGGUGCGGACCCUGACACCAACUCAACCAGUAACAGCAACCACUCAGCCUGGGACCUGGGCAGCGCCUUCUUUUUCUCAGGCACCAUCAUCACCACCAUCGGCUAUGGCAACGCGGCCCUGCGCACAGAUGCCGGGCGCCUCUUCUGCAUCUUUUACGCGCUGGUGGGGAUCCCGUUGUUCGGGAUCCUGCUGGCAGGGGUCGGGGACCGGCUGGGCUCCUCUCUGCGCCGCGGCAUCGGUCACAUCGAAGCCGUCUUCCUGAAGUGGCACGUGCCACCGGAGCUGGUGCGAAUACUAUCCGCGGUGCUCUUCCUGUUGAUUGGCUGCCUGCUCUUUGUCCUCACGCCCACGUUCGUGUUCUGCUACGUGGAGGGCUGGAGCAAGCUGGAGGCCAUCUACUUCGUCGUAGUGACGCUCACCACGGUGGGCUUCGGGGACUAUGUGGCCGGCGCCAGCCCCAACCAGAACUCUGCAGCCUACCAGCCGCUCGUGUGGUUCUGGAUCCUGCUCGGCCUGGCCUACUUCGCGUCAGUACUCACCACCAUCGGGAACUGGCUUCGAGUAGUGUCCCGGCGCACUCGGGCAGAGAUGGGCGGCCUCACGGCGCAGGCCGCCAGCUGGACCGGCACCGUGACGGCGCGGGUGACCCAGAGAGUCGGGCCCACGGCACCACCACCGCUGGAGAAGGAGCGGCCACUCCUGCCUCCACCGCCGUGCCCAGCGCAGCCCGCCGGCGGGCCCCUGUCCCCUGCGCUCCCAGCGAAGGCCGAGCCGCCAACCCCGCCAUCCCCGCCCACCCCGCCCACCGCCUCCGCGCUGGAUUACCCCAGCGAGAACCUGGCCUUCAUCGACGAGUCCUCUGAUACCCAGAGCGAGCGUGGCUGCGCGCUGCCCCGCGCGCCACGGGGUCGCCGUCGCCCCCCUAACCCUCCCCGGAAGCCCGUGCGGCCGCGGGGCCCAGGGCGUCCCCGGGAAAAAGGCGUGCCGGUGUAGGGGCAGGACCCCCGGCCUGGGCCUCUCAAAGGGCUUCGUUCUAGCUCUCCCUGGCAUGCUCUGCUUGUUUGACCAAAGAGGCCUCUUUCGACCGGACUGAGGCCUGGGGAGGAAGCUACGGGUUGCUUGUCUGCCACCCUCCCCCCCCCCCCCCCCCCCCCCGCCCGGCUCCUGGCCCUCUCCUCACUUCAUUCAUUUGCAGACCCCCCAAGGCUUUCUGUCUCGCUGUCCCGGCUGGGCCCGUCCCUCACAACACCUCACGACUGUGCCUCAAAGCCUGCAUCAAUAAACGAAAACAGUUUGCACCGCU